CCAACAGGGUGUCUUCUCUAGUAACACAGAAGAAGAGUUGGAGCCUGUGCUCACAGGAGUUGCAGGAAAAGUCUGAAGAGAAGUAGAGUGUUGGAGGAAGACGAGCCCCCCCACCUUCCCAGAGAGCAGGAGGUAAACCGCCGGUAAGCAAAUAUUAAUGACCUGACAGAAGAAGCCCACAGCAUCAGACGGCCUUACACUGGAGCUGCACUACAGAGGAGCCAGGACACAUAUACACACGCAGCUGCACACACGCAAGACGAGCCCCCCCUCACUGCUCUCCACUCACUCAUGAUCAUCACUCCCGCCACACGCAGACACCAGGGCCACGCUGACACAGCCUCAGGAGUGGAGGAGAGAAGAGGACGCUCGCCCUGUCGCCGGACUUUGUCAAAGUAAAAGUCUUCCUUGGAUUGUUUUUUUAAAAUUUAAACCCUGAAGGCAGAGUCGUCCUUUUUGUGCUGAUCUUUCCAAGCCCCCCCCCCCCUCCCAGGAGCAAAGAUGAGCUGCAGGAAAAGGUGCAAGCGGGAGAUCUUCAAGUUCGCACAGUACAUGUUCAGACUUGUCACGGGAACGCUCAACACGGACAGCGUUGAAGAUGAGCUUGAACUAUCUACAGUCCGCCAUCGGCCCGAGGGCCUGGAGCAGCUCGAAGCCCAGACGCGUUUCUCCCGCAAGGAGCUGCAGAUUCUUUACCGCGGCUUCAAAAAUGAAUGCCCCAGCGGAGUCGUCAACGAAGAGACUUUCAAAGUCAUCUACGCUCAGUUCUUCCCACAAGGAGAUGCUUCUACAUACGCACACUUCCUGUUCAAUGCAUUUGACACAGAUCACAACGGCUCUGUGAGUUUUGAGGACUUUGUGAUGGGUCUGUCGAUCCUCCUGCGAGGAUCCAUCCAGGAGAAACUCAACUGGGCUUUCAACCUGUACGACAUCAAUAAAGACGGAUACAUCACUAAAGAGGAAAUGCUGGACAUCAUGAAGGCCAUCUACGACAUGAUGGGAAAAUGCACAUACCCCGCCCUGAGAGAGGAGGCGCCUCAGCAGCACGUGGAAGUUUUCUUUCAGAAAAUGGAUAAGAACAAAGACGGAGUGGUAACCAUCGACGAGUUUAUCGACUGCUGCCAAAAUGAUGAAAACAUCAUGCGAUCAAUGCACCUCUUUGAAAAUGUUCUUUAACUUCUGGCUGGCGUCGGAGGCUUUGGACGACAUCAUCUUUAGCUCGGCCCAAUUGCUGACUCGGACUCAAACUGUGUACAGUGUGAGACGCGGACGUUUGAUCAUCGAGGAAAUAUCGUUCAUUACUGUGGGCCACAAGUAGGGUUAGGCAAUAUGGUGCGGACACUCUGGAAUGAGUCGCCUUCUCAUCAUCUUAUUAUAAACUGUUACAUAGCAAUGAAUUGAAAGGAGAGAAGUGGUUGAAUUUUCAAAAGUUCAAGGUCGACUGCCACCAUUAGUCUCUGGAGUGUCUCUUUAUUUUCUGAACACGACUUCUGCAAACUGCCCCCGACCGAAACGCACGGGAAAGAGAUGUGUGGGAGAAGAGGAGGAGGCGUCUCCGCAGCCCCGACGACUUGUAUUUACUGCCGAGUGAAACCACUGUGACUUUGUACAGAGCUGCAACCAACUUCGAUUUAAUCCGCCGAUUUAUUAUUUUUAGCUUCUAAAAUGUCUGAAGAAAAGUCCACGGUGAUGUCUUUAAAUGUCUUGUUUCAGUCCAAACCCCAAAUGGUAGAACACAGAAGCAGCUGCAUGAAGUUCUACUUAAAGGAUUAUCAGAAGUAGUUGAUCAUGUUUCUGUCGAUCGACUAAUCCCCCCCCUGCCCCUCUCUCUCUGUUUUCACAUUCCUGACUGGCUCUCGAUUCCAGAGUGUUCUCACCCGACUUCAUCGUCUUCUCGUUCAGAGAACAGACAUUGUACCAUUUCAAAUUGUAUAUACGAUAGAUAAAGCAUUAGAUAAGAACUCUAUGAGAAACUUUUCAACUGUUCAUGUUUUACUAGACUGAGACAACACAAGGAUUGUAUUGAUGUCAAAAGCGGACCACAGUAUCUGGUUUGUCUACAGAAGCACACAGGUAGCUAUAUUUACCACGAGUAUAACGUUAGACGACGACAUGUGUCACGAGAUAAAUGCUGCUUUCAGUGUCUUUCAUUUAACCCGUGUAAGAAUAUUCCCUGUAAAGUAAAAUGUUUGUACGUGUUCCUGAAGCGCGAUAUUUAUAUGGUGUUAUUGUACAGAGGAUUGUCGCUUGUACAUUAUUAAAGGAACGUUUGAUUCACUGUUUUUAAGGAGCGAAGGUUCUGUAACUUUGUAUUCUCAUCUAUUUUUGGGUUGCGUGCUAAUUUGCUUCCUGCUGUCUUCCUCCUCGUCAAAGUCCAGCUGCCCUCACCCGAUUGGUUCCUGCUGUCUCUGAUUAAAGCAUGUGAGCAAACGCAAGGCAUGCUGGGUAGACGUCUCACUUACUUGACUUCCCGUUGCUCGUCGGAAACUACUGGAUCACUGAGAGAGGACAUUAUGUAAGUAAGUUACUUUCUCACAAUGACUUGGAUACAGGAAGUAUCCAGCAAACCAGCCGGAAAUCUGUACAUACUUGAGAAUUGAUGAAUAAUUUGCAGCAUUUUGACAGUUUAUCAUGUUGCGUUUCAUUCAGUGUGUCACAAACAUAAACAUCUCCUCAGUGAGGCAUGUUGGUCGUUAGGUUAGUGAAGAAAAUGGAACAUAAUGUGUAUAUUUCCAUCAACAACAAGCCAUUUGAUCUGUGUGUGUGUGUGUGUGCCUUACUGUUUGUAAAAUUGUUUCUGUUGACAACUCUCAGAAAUCUGAUUAUGAAAAGUAAGUGUUAAUGGAGACUGUUUAACAUAUCUACAAUAUGUGUGUACGUAUUGUAAAUAUGUUAAAAGCACGUCUGUUUCUUCUGUAAAUAAAAUCCAAAGUCGGCUAUCAAAAGUGAAAUAAUAAACGCUAUACACCUUAAA